AUAAUUUUACCGACUUUCUAUUACCGUUUAAUUCAAAAAGUAAUUAAUAAUUGGUAUAAUGAUGAAUCAUGAUUGACUUGCACAGUCUUUGUUAUGUAAUACGAUACAGUGGAAGUGUCGUUUUUAAGCAGACUUUUAGUUUCACAAGUUCACACAGAGAGUAAUAGAAAUUGUGGGGUUUGAGAGUGAGAGAAGAGGAGAGUGCCCACUGGCACUGGGCAAUAAGCAGAUGAAGACGUUUGAACGCGUUUUCUCUCUGCCCUCGUUGACUUGACAGGUCAUGCUCAAGUGUGAACCUAACCGCUUUCAACGACCUCACAAUUCCUCUACCUUGUCUUAUUUGUUGAAAAAUCAUCGUUAGAAUGGAAAAAAAUAAUAUAAACAAUGUGAUAGACAGUAAAGAAAAAAAUAUAUAAAAAAGUUUAUGUAUAUUUGUUUUUUGUAUUCUUUAAAGUUUCAACAUCAUUUGGGUGCUCCUUUUUCUAGUAUUUCAACCUCAAAGGGCCAUUGCAUUUCCAAACUCUUGUGGACUCUAGAGCCUCCCGUUGUGAUAAUUUUUUAAUAUUGGUUACUAUGCACACAUUCUGGUUUGCGUCUGAUACACGGUUUAACAUAGUUCCUAGACCAAGAGAAGAUUGAGGAUGGAGAAGGGCAUGGGAAGUUAAUAAUGAAGUCAAGUCUUUGUGGCUGUUUGAAAAGGCAUAAGAACUGGUCUCACUUCCCUGAGGCUGAGGGCCAGAUAUGUAUGUAUAUCUUGGUUUCCCACUCCCUCUUCCAUCUUCCAUGGAACCUUUUUCAAGCCUAGUCAUUUUCUAAUUCAACUGCCGUUUCAACUACUUCAUGUUGGGAGGAGUAUAAAAAUGAGUAAGACAAACUUGAGCUUACUUUUUAGAGUUUAGAGAAUCAAAUCCUAGUUGAAGUUUUAGCUCAUACAAAUUGAGGAAGGAUGAGUGGAGUUUAUGAAUUUGUGUUACUGCUUUUGUUUUGUCACCUUACGCCACUUCUCUUGGCGGAUGGAUACCAACCAAAGUGUCCACCUUCGUUUGAUUGUGGAUAUCUUGGCAAUAUCAGUUUCCCUUUUACUAUAACAGAACGCAAGGACUGUGGCUUAUUGCCCAUACGCAAUUGUCAUUCUCCAGCUCUCAAAAUGAUCCAAUUACAGAAAGAUGGAAAAUGGUUUCAGGUUGUACGCGUAACUCAGUUGCUGAGUAGUCCUACUACUACUUAUACAACUUUUCAAUUUAGAGACACCAAUCUCAAUGAGCUUCUGCAGAACCAAAAUUGCGAAGCUUUCAGAAACAGUUAUACUCUUCCUCAUCACACCUUUCCCUUUGCUUCGUUUAGUAUGCAAUACACCACAACUGUGUACAGGUGCAACCGCAACCACCACGUUACUCUUCCCCCUCGCAUGUCUAUUUAUACAAACUGCUCUGAUUACAAUAUCUACUACGGUUUAUUCCCUAUGGGUGAUGAUGCGUCUCUGAGAUCUUUGAGAGGAUGUACAAAGGUCCAGCUUCCAGUUAAAGACGUGCCUGACGCUAAAAACCCAUUCACAUUCAUAACUUCACUUAUCACCACUCGAGUAAACUUUGCUAAAUAAUGUGCAGAUUGCCACUAUCGCCUAGGAGGGCAGUGUCAACUUGACAACAAAUACAGAUUUUGUUGUAUGAAUGGUAUACUUCAACAAAACCCCGGAAACACAAGCAACCAUGAAUGCGAUGCAAUAAUACUUGUUGCUUUUAUCUGCUUUUCACAUCAUAGGUAUUAGGUUCUUAAAUGUUUCCUUCAGAAUUGUGGAACAUUCUCUACUUUUCUGUCGAAUGCAUCAAGCCCACUUCCUCUCCUAUAUCAUAAACAGCUUAAGAGAAGUGACGUAGAUGUUCACUACACUUGGAUGUCAAGAUCUGAGUUGCUUUGAUAAAUUCUCUAUUGUCUAAUAUUAUUAAUUAGUCAUUACUGCAACAUUCACAAUUGGCAUGUCAUAUUUUUCUCUGAAUAACUUAAUCUUAACACUUCUAACGUGUGUUGUUUGCAUCGUUUCUUCUAU